UUCGCAGCCUCCACAGCCAAAGCUGCACCAACAGAGUUCUCCUCUGGCACCGUGGGGAUGCAGAAGAUCCAAGCCAAGUUUUACGCGAGAUGACCAACAGGAGAGAUGUCAUUUCAUAGCAAGAAGUUUGUGGAGCACAUUCCCUUCGCGCCUCCUCUGGCUCUCCACGGCGACAGCAAUUCUGCGCACUACAGUGACGCGCUUUCUAUCUUCGACCUUGACGCAGCGUACUUCGACCCCAUCCACGGCCAGAGGCUGCCCUGUGGACGACUUUCCUACCUGCCCUUCCGCACCCCCUUCGGCGUGUGCGAUUACUCCUUCGAACCCGCGUUUAUCCAAAAGAGGAACGAGCGGGAGCGGCACCGGGUGCGCUGCGUAAACGAGGGUUACGCGCGUCUCCGGGAGCACCUGCCGCAGGAGUUCGAGGACAAACGGCUCAGUAAAGUGGAGACGCUGCGCGCGGCCAUCGACUACAUCAAACGUCUGCAGAGCCUGCUGGAGCUGAGCGCCUCCGGGAGGCAUGUGGCGCUCGGAGAAGCGCGCGGGCGCGGCGCGCUGCCGAGCGGGACAGACUGCAGCAGUGAUGGAGAAACCAAAACCAGCUUCAGCGACAGCAGCGAGGCCUAAUAGCUUCUUCUCUGUUCAAAUCUAGUUAUUAAAAAGAUUUUUAUUUUUUAAAAAAGGUCAAAAGAAAACUUUAAAUGAAGAAAAAAUAAUUAUUUUUUACUAAAAUUUAGAAUAGAAAAACUUUAAUAAAAUGGCAUUUGAAGAGAGUUGGUCAGACAGGACACAUAUUCGUCUUACGCUACAGUAGUUAAGAAUAAUUGUGUUAAAAUAUUUUGGAAUUGUGUUAUGUUCUUUACAUAGUACUUUUAUAGUUUUAUAUUUUUAUGUCUUUUCGAGAAUUCAAUAAAAAAGGACAA